AUGAAGCUAGUUUGGUGCUCGGAGAUAGCCUCCAAGGCCUACAUCGACGUCGUAAAAGUCCUCGCAGACCGUGAACUCAAGGAGACCAACGUGGCAGAGCUGGCUUGGGAGCACGACGACGGCGCCGCCACCAGCCUCGGCCUCGAGGCUGCCGCACGGCACACGAGGGGGCAGCACGUGUGCAUCGUCCCAAACAAGAGGUUAGCUGCGGAGUACGAGGAGGUGAUGCGAAGAGCAGGGCUGCUGUUGGUGGAGUGGGGAGUGGUGGUUGGGGAGGGAGAGGAGGUGAUGGGGGAGCUGGAGGGGGUGGACUUCAUGGUGGUGGAAUGGCAGUCGAGGGAUGCGGCGAAGGUGCUGAGGGUGGGGUCGAGGGGGAUGGUGGUGGUGAGGAAGGGUGCCGGGAGGAGGCGGAGUAGGACAGCGGUGAUGGCGGUAGGGACGAGGCUGAUGAGGUCGGGGGGUGGUGCCGGAGGCACGACGGUCAGGGGUGGGGGGAGGGGCGUCGGGGUGUGGCGUGCGGGGAAGAUAGUUGUUGUCCAUAUUGUUGCGGCCAAUUCUCUCGUCGUCUGA